AUGUUUAGUCAGGACCUUCUGUAUAUAGUCUUUCUGGGAACAUCAAUAAUUGCCGGGUGUAUUGUCAGAAGUUCACGAGGCGACGCUAAACGUUUCGCUUGUCUAAUUCUUGGUCUCUCGUCUGCUAUAAUUAUUUGUGGAUUUGAAGUAUGGCACGCUUUCAUACUAGUUGGAGGAUUUGUAAUAUUUAAUUCUCUCGUUGCUUUCAGGUUUAUUCAUUUUGCCGUAUUUUUAUGGGGAUUUUCAUACCUGAUCUUUUUCCACACUGCUCACUUUUAUGGCUUUUCGAAACCAUCUCCACUAACACAAAUGCUUCAUCUAUUUUUAACGCUCAAAAUUGUUGGUGUAUCUUUCGAACUUCAUGACACAUGGGCUAUCAUCAAUAAAAUAAAGUCAAACAAUGCCAACAAUAUUUCUGAUAACUCAUCAAAUUUACGGCUCAAAUACAAGGGCAUAAUGACAACGUCUUAUGACGUUGUUUGUUAUGCCUUUUGUUAUAUAGGAAUGUUAACAGGGCCUUACUAUACAUACCGAACAUUCGACGAUAUGCUUAGAGGUUGGCCAACGAAAGCACCAAGGUUAUCCAGUGGCCCAUUCUUAAGACGUCUUCAAGAUGUUCCAUUUUUCGCUUUUCUCUACCUCGUUGGCGCCUAUUUCAUUGAUUUUGAUGUACUUCAUGAUCCUGCAUUUCAUGAAGAGAACCUUCUAUACCGUCUGGCAUACAUUGCAGCCAUCUUCUUUGUCUACCGAAUGCGACUCUAUUUCGCUUGGGUUAUGGGCGAAUGCGUUUGUAUGAGCGUUGGGUUGGGAGCUUAUCCAGCCAUCUCACGACCUGUUGUGGGCGAUGGACCAACAGAUCUCGUGGCACUUGAUAGGUAA